AGUAAACAUAGCAUGAACAUUCUCACACUCGUACACACUCUUUGGCACAUACACAAAAGUCCUCAUUGCUCCUGCAGGAUGUUCAGCGCUUCGUUUGGGAAUUUAAUCAACAUUUCUCCUGAACAUAAAGGCUUACAAAGAUGCCAGCUGGUCUCCAUGGGUGUGCUGCGUUGUUUGUGGGUGUGUGUUUUUGCUGUGGCCUCGACAACCACUCUGACUGACACGGACUAUGGUGGACUAUGGUGGCGUUCCCUUGUGGAUCGACCGCUUGUUGGGCUUGUUGGCCCAGCGUGAUGAGCCUGCUUAGAUGCAGCAUGGUACCGAGCCAACAACCCACAGGCCUGCCCUCAAAAGUGUGACUGCCCCAUUCAGUGGCCCACCGCACUGUACUGCGACCACAGAGGCAUAGCAGAUGUCCUGGAGCUCCUACCAGCCAGCACGCAGUAACUUUUUCUACAGAACAACAACAUCUCGUCCCUCACUGCCUAGUUUCAGGCAAACAUCACAGGACUACACUGGCUCCUUCUGGAACACAACCGAUUGAAAAGUGACCAGCUGGACCGGAGUAUCCUACAAAACCAGACCCAACUGGCUUACCGUUUUGCCAACCUUAACCACCUGAGCUCAAUACCCAAUAAUCUCCCAACCAGUCUCAAGCAACUCCGACUGGCCUAUAACCAAAUCAGCAACAUCGGGCCCGAGGCUCUCAAGAACCUGCAUAACUUGACGCUGCUUCUGCAAGGAAACAUAUUGAAAACCAUCAACGAAGGAGAGCUUGCAGGUCUUCUCAAUUUGAAUUUGUUGGACCUCAGUGGCAAUUCCUUCUCAUCAGUUCCCAGACAUUUACCGACCUAUGUGCAGCAGCUCUAUCUGUCCAAUAACUCCCUCGCUGGGCUUGAUGAGAACACUUUUGUGGGACACGUCAACCUCAAGUACCUUCGUUUAAGUCACUGGCACUUGCAAAGCCGCAACAUCCGCUCCCGGGCCUUCAACCUCUCCAGCCUAGUGGAACUGGACCUUUCCUAUAACAAGUUUACGAGCAUCCCUACAGUGCCCAUCACCCUGCGACAACGAGCCAACGAGAUACAAGUGCCACUGAAUACACAAUAAAACAUUUUGUCACUAUGCAAAUUGGAAAGUAAUUUGGGUUCAGAGACUGUGGCAAAAAAAGUUUCUGCUCCUCUUCCAAAGUAGGGAGACAAAGAGACGGCAAAACACUCCCACGAUGACACACACCUUAGAGGUUUGCUAGCAACACCAUCAAAGCUCUUGGUCUGGGCCGAGAGCCGCACUAUGACUGAAUGAAGCGCUAUGGUUUUCACCGUCUCCAUUUUUACCACAGCACCUGUGAGGUGUAAUAGGAAACACACACCGAGUGAGAGGAAAUGUUGUCUGAGUUCCUCUAAUGAACACAGAGCAUGGCGUGAAACCAAAGCCUUUUUCACCAAGUAAGAAGGAAAAUGGAAUAACAAUGUCUUUACCCUUACCUACUCCCGGUU